GUCCUAAAUUCACGAUGACGUAACGCGCGUCACGUGACGGUCAGCUGUUCGAGGAGGAAGUAAACAACGUUGAAUUGAAGGGACAAAACGGCAAGAGGAAGAACCGGCUCUACAAAUGACAACUCUGAUCUGCACUUUACAAGACCAUCGAGAUGAUGUCAACUGGUGCGCCUUCUCCGGCAAACUGUUUGCCACGUGCUCCGGCGACAAAACCCUCCGGAUGUACAGCAGCCACGACUUCUCGGAGCUGCCCUUCUCGCCGCUGUCAGGACACGGAUACGGCGUCCACUGCUGUUGCUUCAGCACCUGCGGACAGUUCUUGGCCUCAUGCUCGACUGAUGCCACCACAAUGGUUUGGUCCACCGCCACGGGCGAGAUCGAGGCCGUGCUGGAGCAUCCCGGCCGUAGUCCGGUGAGGAUCUGUGUGCUCUCCCCUGACUCGGCACACCUGGUUUCCGGAGCAUCGGAUGGCACGUUGGCUCUUUGGGAUUUCCCCUCCAAAAAGCUGCGCAGGACCGGAGCCGUGAAUGACACGACAAUGGUAGCCUGCUCCUUCAGCCCCUGCAGUCAGGUGUUCGUGAGCGGCUCCACCUACGGAGACCUGCGUCUGUGGGACCUGGACAUGAACCAGCUCCACGCCGAGAAAAACGCCCACGACCUGGGGGUCACAUGCUGCACCUUCGCUCCAAGCAUCCUCAGUGGUGGUCAAGUGGUGCAGUUUCGCCUGGCGUCCUGUGGGCAAGACAGUCUCCUGAAGAUCUGGGCCGUCAGCAAGUUUGUCUCAGGAGGCUAUAAGAUGCAGCUCCUGCACACGCUAACUGGCCAGUCGGCCCCGGUCCUCUCCUGUGCUUACUCCUCAGAUGGGCAGCUGCUUGUGUCUGGUUCUGUGGACAAAACUGUCACAGUCUAUGAUGCUAAUAAUGCAGUUUUGCUUUACACAUUGAACCAGCACAAGAGAUACGUGACGGCCUGUUGCUUCUCUCCAUCUUCACCACUUAUCGCUACAGGAUCGAUGGAUAAGACCGUAAACAUCUGGAGGCUGGAGGACGGGUGCACUGACCAUGAAAGUUCUGAUCGGGCAUCAAGUGAAGAGAGGACCUCGGCGAGUCGGUCCAAGCUGCUGGUCAGCGAUUGGUCGGAGGGGGAUGUGUCUGCGUGGCUGGUGGAGGAAGGCCUCCAGGGAUUGGUGGACAAAUUCAGGGCCAACAACAUGGACGGGACAGAGCUGCUCAGUCUCACCAAGGAGACGCUGACGUCAGAGCUGCACGUAGAGUCUGUCGGCCUCCGCGGUAAACUCCUGAGGAAGGUGGAGGAGCUGAAGAGCGGUUCAGUGUGUUUGGGCAUUCCUGAUGAGUUCUUGUGUCCAAUCACCAGAGAGCUGAUGAGGGAACCAGUCAUUGCUGCCGAUGGAUACUCGUAUGAGAGAGGGGCCAUCGAUAGCUGGAUCAGCACAAAGAACCGCUCCAGCCCCAUGACCAACCUCCCCUUAAUAACGACUCUGCUCACCCCUAAUCACACCCUGAAGAUGGCCAUCGGCCGAUGGAAAACCAAUCACUAGCGUCUGAAAGGCUCACAGUGAUUUCCCUUUAGUAGACAGAAGUCCCAUCAGUUCAGGUAUGGCUGCAAAUGAUUCGGUUGUAAAUGAGGCAUCUGCGCACUGUGGUCGUUUCUCUGUUUGCAAUUAUUUGUAAUUAUUUUAAACCACUGGAGAGCAGAAUUUUGGCAACAAAUCUAAACGUACUUUCAGUUUAUUUCGUUAAGUAGAUACACACCGAUACCAUGGGAGCAACCUCCAGAUCAAGAAUGCAACUUUAAAGUGGCGACGAUCAAAAGGAUUAUAAUAACAAACACAAAUGUUUGUGUGGUCUGCAAAUCUACUGUCAAGAGCCAGAUAUUUCUCUAAGGAGAUGGUGGAGACCAAAACCAGAGCUAAAAGAGAGUAAAUGUUAGCUUCCUCUGACUGGAUUACCAGAAAUUAUCCAACAAUAAUUGGCUCAGGAAUGGCAAUCAAAAAUGAGUAAUGUUGGUUACCUUACUAAAAACACUAUUUGCACUAAUUGCACAGUAAUGAUUACACAUAUGGGCUCCUUAGAUUGUUGCAGGAUCUGCAAGCAUUAUUAUUCAGCAUUUAAUGAAAUAAAUGUCAUUAAUGAAGAUAUGACCACUGAGAAUUUGCAACGUCCACAUUUCAUACAAGCAGUUUAUUUGGAUGAUGGUCUGUUUCGAUAAAUUAGGUUGAACCUUUCACCCAUCCGUACACAACAGAAUCUUGGGCAACAUUUUAUGGAUUAUACUGUGAAAGAAGUAGAUGUAGAAAUAAAAAGCCCCCAUUGAUAUUUUAUUUUACCACAAUGAUAAAGUGGUAACAUUUUGUAAUCCAUAGAUGAUCGGAGACGCGUAUAUGACAGCUGUGUACAAAGUCCCGUAAGAUUUUCCAUCAUCGACUGCUCGCGUAAAUGCUCUCUCCCUCUGUGUAUCCAAAUGAACCAAUAAACACUGUAUAUGAAUAUGCUCUGCUAUGCAAAAAUAAAUAACAUACUGUGAAUCCUGA